AUGGCGCUACAAAUCAACCCUUGGUGUUCCUUCUCCGCGAGACCCAAUCAUCUUCAUCAUCUAUUCGCGACCAGAAACCCUAGAUUCGCAAUCAAAUGUCAGAAUUCCCAAAUCGAACCCGAGACGACAGAGGAUCAACCGGGGAAAUCGAGCUCAUCCGGAAUAGGAUUCGGGUCACCGGCGAAGAAAGGGAAAGGAAAGAGAGAGGUGCUUCGUCGUCCUCCUGUUGAGAAACCGGUGUUUAUCAGCGAAGAAGGAGCUGCCAAGGCAGAUGAGCUGAGAAGGAACGAGAAUGCGUUUCUUCUUACGUGGCUUGGCCUUGGUAUCGUCAUCCUCAUCGAAGGCGUUGUUCUUGCCGCUUCAGGAUUCCUCCCAGAAGAGUUGGAUAAGUUGUUUGUCAAGUAUGUGUAUCCAGUGUUCACUCCAUCGGUUGGUUUGUUUGUGGCUGGGACAACUGCAUAUGGAGUUCUUAAGUACAUACAAAAUGAGAAACUCAAGGAUCAAAAGUGA